CUUGAAAUGUCACUCAGGUGGAAGGACCCGCCCCCUCUGUAUAUAUUCUCCUGUCAGGCUGCAGAGAGGCGAGGCCCUGCAGCUCUUUCACCUCUUCUCAGCUGGAUCUGACCAACGACAUCUGCAAAAAUGAUGAACGGGAUGAUCGUGAAGAACAUGUCCUUCAAGGUCGGACAGACCCUGACCAUCACCGGAGUGACCAAGCCUGAUGCCACAAAUUUUGCUGUGAAUAUCGGUCCUAACGAGCAGGACAUUACGAUGCACAUCAACCCCCGCUUCAACGCCCACGGAGACGAGAACACCAUCGUCUGCAACUCGUACCAGGGGGGUACCUGGUGCGAGGAGCAGCGUGGGGACGGAUUUCCUUUCCAGCUGGGGGAAGAGUUCAAGAUGAGCAUUGAGUUCACCCCCUCUGAGUUUGUGGUGACUUUCUCGGACGGCUCUACGAUUAACUUUCCAAACCGCAUGGGAGCAGAGAAAUACUCUGUCAUCAACUUCGACGGGGAGGUUCGCAUCAGAGGCCUCGAGAUCAAGUAAACCCUCAGCCCUUCCACGAAUCCUCAGAACCAUUUCUCUUCUGUUCUUUUUCAGUUUGUCUAGCAGCAUAAUGCCAACGGUGUUUAUCACGUGAUAUUAGAUAAUAGAAGAGUUUAGCUUGUUGAGCACAAAGCCAUAGACAGAAGGAUGGAUGAGAUAGAAGCCUGCAGAGUACAGAAAGAACAGCAGCUGAAUGCCCUUCCUGCACACUUGACAGAGACGUUGACUGAAAAGCAACCAUGAAGUAGGUUCAGUUGGUUGCUGCUUUGCAGUUUUCAGUGUUUAGCUGAGAAUAAAAUGUGAUAUGAUUUUCUUUAAGGUGCCUUGAAGUGCUGCAUAACUGUUGCUCUCUGUCCCAGACAUUCCACAUUUAUAACUGAAUUUAAUGCUUCCCUGUAACAGCAUCUAUUAAAGCAUCUCCUUUUAUGAAAAAAAAACACGACUUGGAGGAUUCCUUAACCUUGAAACACAAACAUAAAGUCGCUGAAAACACAACCUGUGGUCAGUUCAGUGUGCACCAUCACAACUUUAACCUUUAUUCAGACUGAAGAGAUCAUCGAUAGCCGAUCUUCUUUUUCAGUGACGUCUGGUCAGAUUACAAAAGCAAAGAAAGAACGACUAAUCAGUCAGCAGGCCUCAGUGAGUACAAUCCAUGGAGUAACGGGUGCUGUUUUCUUUGAUUGCUUCCAACAUCUGAGUCUUCGUGGACAUCAACGGCUCUAAUCUGGGUUUGGACUUUCUGGUUAUAUGUGAAGCAACACAGUCCAGGAUGUCUCUGAAGAUGGAGUUUAAAAGUGUUCUUAAAGGGCUGAGAUCACAUCCAGGGUUUAGUCCAGGGGAGUCAAAUUCAUCUUAGUUCAGGCUCCACCUUCAGUCCAGUUUGAUCUCCAGUGAUCCAGAUCAGUAAAUCCACUGAAUAAUUACCUCUAAAUAACCACAACUUCAAAUGUUUCCUUUGUUUUAGUGCAGAAAAGUACAAAACAUCAUGAACAACUUGAAAUUUCUCAGAAAAUAAAUUCAGUUUCGUCAACA